AUGGGUGGUAAAGAUUUCAGGUUUGUGAAGCUGGAAGCUGGCAGAGAUGAGAGACCCAAGACAUCCCAAGACGCAAGCGCCAAGCACUUGUGGGCGGUGUACCUUUUUGGGCUCAUAGCAACCUUCUUCACGAAUCUGGAAGCGGUGCCCUUCAUGUCUGCCCUGGCCAUGGGGUGUUGCUGCGCUUUGGCACAGAGCAUCCAGCGGCUUUGGAUUUUUGCCUUGGCCUUGAUACCUCUAGGUGCUGUGAUGGGUGUCUCCACCUGGGGCUUUUUGCAGGAAGCUGCACUGGUCAUCUGUGUGCUGAUGCAGAUCCCAAUCUUUGGUGCAUACUUGGUGCACCGAAGGCUCACCAUCCGACACCCGGAGCUGUGGAGUGUGACAUUGGCAUUUCCCUGCGUGAAUACAGUGCUGUGGGUUCUGUCCUCGAUCCUACUGCCCAUUGGCUCCGAAGGAAGCCCUGCGUACAACAUGGCGGGGCAGAAUCUGAUGUUCAUCCAGUGUUGCGCCUGGCUGGGCCGAAGUAGCAUCACCUUUAUGUUGAGCUGGUUGGCCGCGGCCGCAGCGCAGCGCUGGGUGAAUCCCAAAAGUGGUUUUGCUUUGAAGGCUGCAGUGGGCUGCUACCUGCUGCUGACGCUGGCGGGGGGACUUCGCUUCUAUGCUCCUUCCUUCCUUGGAGCCUUUGACCCCUCGGGACCAGACACGUCUGACUUUUACGGCAUUAGCUGUCUGGCUUCGCUGCCAGACAUGUUCGCGACCACCAAAGACCGCUUGGAUGCUGGCGAUAGCAUCAUCAUCCACUCCGAGAGAAGCACCGACCCUUUUCUCGCGGACUCGAGCUAUCAAAGUCUUCUGCAGCAGCACUAUGCCAAAAACCAUACUGAGGCAUUGCUGGUGUUGUCCUUUGUAGAGAACGAGCAGUCGUGGUACAAGUUGCUGACCCGCCACGGGACGGUGAUGAGCUACGCCAAGAACCAUCCGGUGCCCUUUGUGGAGACCGACAUCCGUCCGGGCCAAGCUCCACCCGGCGUGGCGAAGUCGCUGCAGCUCUCGGGGGUUCAGCCCGUCUCAGUGACGGGCACGAUUUGCUUCGACACUGACUUCCCAUACUUGACACGGUCUCUGAGCUCAGCGGAUUUACUGUUGGAAAGCAGUGCCACGUGGAGCAACAUCGGUCAGCAACAUCUGCGCGGCCAUCAGUAUGCUGCCGUGGAGAAUGGACAGACCCUGGUGAAGUGUACAUAUAACGGCUACACGGGAGCCAUCAGUCCACAUGGGGCCAUCGUGUACCAAGUGCCACAGACCACUGGUGUGGUAUCUUUCCAGCUACCACAAUAUCCCAAGUUGACGGUCUUCCCCAUGCUUUACAUGGUCUUCGAGGGUAUAGUAGGACUUGCUGCGUGCGUUUGGAUCUUGUUAGCCUGUUCGCCGCAGCUGAGCACUCGAUGGUCGCUUAGCGUGGGGAAGAUGAGGCCUCGCAGUCAUAGCAAGGAGGUCAUCGGCAGGCCCAAAGUUUCAGGCCUUGAGCUGCGUCCGCUGCCCAGCCUCCAAAGCCUUCCGCGGAGGAUCUUGCCUCGCUGCUCCGGAUCUUCGCUGGAGUAUGACAUACGCUCGGAGGAGCGGGAGGCGGAACGCCCCCACUUGCGGUAUGUGGAACCUCUUCACCUAGGCCAUGGCCCUGCAGCAGCAUGGGGCACCUGUGGUGAGAAGGAACCGCAGGUUGAAGCUUGCCAAGAGAGCGCCACCUUGCAAGGUGAAGAAGUCACCAUUUCGCUGCCGGGUGAUGCCUUUAGCUUUGCAGAGGCCGUCGACACGCCAGAGGAUGUUCUUAGCGAACUCCGCAGUGCCAGUGACGACUUCGAGGACGUCGUGGUCGAAGAGUUGGACGGCGACGCGGGCGACGAUGAGGACGAGGACAGGGCGCUGGAAACCGAAGCAGAGGACAACGUGGACGAAGGGGAUGACCUGGACUUCGCCAAAGAUUCGGAUAGCGAUCAACCAGGAGCAACCCAGGAGGACGUUGGCCAAUGCGACGAGGCCGUCGAGCUCCCUUCGGGCGCCGAGACGGGCGUGGAGGAGUUGCUGCUGAUGGAUGGUACAGAGCAAGUGAUCAUCGUCAAGAAGAAGAAAAAGAAGCGGAAGAAGAAGCGAAAGAAGAGACAAAAAGUCAUCGAGGAAGUCACAGUUGAGAAAAAACCUCCUGUGCCGCGCUUUCCGCACCCGACAUCCUCCUUAUCGUCGAAGGAAGAUGUGUCGUGCGCUGGCAAUGCCAUGGAGCGCACCGUGUCCUCCACAUCAGAACGGGUACCGUUGCGAGAACGUUUCGCCAAGCACCUCCUGCUGGGUCGCUUCCCGAAGCGGAAGUCCGGCCCGGUGGAUCCGCUGGGCGCCGCAGAUGUCGCAGAUGUCGCGGAUGCCAGUGCUGAGGCGGAUGACGAGGAGAAGUUUCUGCCUGAAGGGGAGACUGAUGGCAUGGAAGAUGUCUCUGCCAGUGAAAAUCAGGCCGUCUCCAACCCGCGUGGCGUGCCACGCCGCGUUGUUCCCUCCACUUCCGCGGCGGCGCAGCGUGCCGCGCGCGCGCGAGCGCGGGCGCUGCGGCCGCCGCGGGUGGUCCGGAUCAAACGUAUCCUUCAGAAAGAGCCGGACGUGAGGGAAGAAAGUGAAAAAACGGAAACGGAUGGCGAAGCAAAGGGCUCUCCAAACCCCAGAUCCUUUGGACUGGUGGCCAAAGCAAUGCCACUACGCAGAGGCCAACCACCCAAGACCGUCUGGAAAGAGCCGGUGGUGGAGACGCUCCUGUCCUUGGGAUCUUUGUACUUCUCGUUCAGCUCCAUGCGGACGCCGGAGGGGAAGAAGGUACCAUUGAAGAACCGAGACAAAGUGGUUCAGACCCUGCAUGAGUUGAAUACGAAGGUGGCGCUGCCCAUUUGUCGCCAAUUUGGCCUGCGCUACAACUUCUUUUCGGAACACCACCCGCAGGCCAAAAAGGCCGGAGUCACCUGCAAAGAGCCAUUGAUCUUGCGGAAGCAGGGACCAGAUGGCACCGAGGUUCAGGAGACUCGCUACUUGGUGACGAUCAGGCUGCGCCUCCGAUUGCACCCUACCAAAGGGGAUCCGCAAACGGACUUCGUUUCCCAUGGAACUCAAAUAGCGGUUUUGUUGCACGAGCUCUGCCACUUGAAGCACAUGAAUCACGGAAAGGAUUUCAUGCUUUUUCUACGCGACAUCUUCGCUUUCGCCCACAAAACGCUCGGCGUCUUUGCGGCUGGAGAGAGCAAUGAGAUUCCGUCACCUUGGCCAUGGGAAAACCUCAUCUUCCAACGGGCAGGAGAUGUUUCAGAUGAAGAACUCUUGAAACUCUUUGCCGAGCAUCGGGAGAAGCAGCGGCAGGUGAAAACUCCCGAGGCUCCGGAAGAAGCGAAGGAACCGAACCAGGUAGAAGCAGAGACAGAGGCAGAAGUGUUGCCGGAGGUGCCUGAAGCGCUGGACAUCGAGGCUGUCAGCACGAGCGCUUCAGACGGUGUGAAGACACCUCCGCGCAGCCGAGGGUCAAGGGUCCUGAAAGGAGCCCUUUGGGCCACGGCCCAGGGUGUCAUGCCUGGUGUACCCUUCGGUAAUCUUUAA